GCACCUGUUAAAACUGGCACUGGAUAAGCAGAUUUGUAAAUACAAUUCAGUCAACGCAGUAUGCGUAUCACGCACGUUUAAGUUAAGUGAAUUUUUAACUCAAAUUGUAUACCCAAUUAUUCAUUUUUUAUUUAAUUAGUACUAGCACAACUAUGCCUAGAUCAAAAGUUGUACAUGGUAUGAUAACCAUGGAUGAUGUAUCCGAUAACAACAAAAUCUGGAGAAUGUUGAUAGCAGAAUUUCUAGGAACAGCCAUUCUUUUAUUUAUUGGAUGUGGUAGCUUGAUGAAAAUAGAUGUUUUGAGUUCAAGUGCUGUUUUACAAGUUGCUUUAGCAUUCGGAUUUAUAAUCGCAUCGCUGGUUCAAAUAUUUGGCCAUGCUAGUGGAUGUCAUAUUAAUCCAGCAGUCACGAUUAGCUUUUUGGUCAGUGGCCAAUGUUCAUUUUUAAAAUCUGCCCUAUACAUUGUAGCUCAAUGUUUGGGUGCUAUUGUGGGAACAUAUGUACUUGAUUUUGUUACAGUUAGAACACCGAAAAGUCUUGGUGAAACAAGUACAGAUCUCGAUCCCAUGAUAGCUUUUACAGUUGAAGCUGCAAUUACCUUCAUAUUAAUUUUGGUUAUUCAUUCAGUUUGUGAUGAUGCAAAUAGAAGUAAUAUUGUAACACCUUCUGUGUCAAUUGGCUUAGCAAUUGUCGCAAACCAUUUAUUUGCCAUUAAGUAUACCGGUGCUAGUAUGAACCCAGCUAGAUCUUUGGGUCCUGCCGUUGUCUUGGGCUUUUGGAAAAAUCAUUGGAUUUAUUGGGCUGGUCCAAUCAUUGGAGGUAUUUUCGGAGGACUUGUUCAUCACUUUGUGUUAAAACGUCAUACAGAAGAAACAAGCUCUUAUGAUCUUUGAACUACUAAUUAAUGUAAUGUUUGUUUUAUAUAAAGAAAUAAUUUAUUAUUAUAUUUUUAAUCAUGUAUUUUAAAGUUUUUGAUUUUUAUGUUUACUUGAAAUUUUCUAAAAAAUGUAGUAAAAUUUUGAACUAUUACUUUUACUAUUGAAAUAUAUUGUAUUAUUCAAAAUAA